GACCGCCACAGUCCUGUCUGUCGUGCCCACCCGGUCUCAUCCCACCGGGCUGACGGACAGACAGAGAGGGGGACACCGAGCAGGCGACAAAGGGCUGACCGACCGGCACCAUGGAGCUCAUCUGCCGGUUGCAGCUGGCAGACAGGAAGUGUGUUCUUCCGCGAUAGAUUACCACCAUGGAGCUGAGAUAACCUCUUCCUAUUUUCUUUACCAAUCACGGCUCUGGUUUGAGUAUAACCAUGGGAACAUGGCGUGGUCUACGAGUGGCGUUCAUCCUUGGGUCUUUGUUUAUGAUCCUGCUGAUAAUCGUUUACUGGGACGACGUCGGGGGCUUCAACCUCUACCCGCUGCAGGAGCCCAAACGCGCGUCAAUUCUCCUUCGAACGACUGCUGGGCCUUCGCACUCUACGUCCACCAGCAGAGCCCAGGCCAGUUCUUCCUCCCCCGUCCCAUCUACUGCUCCCAGUGCAACACUGUCGCCUGAGGAGGCACAAGGAGCAGCUGAGGAGCAUACAGAGGAGGAGAGGAAGGAAAAACAAGAACAGAGAAAGGAAACAAGGGAAGGCGAGGAGAAGGAGAGGAGUCCUCCUGCUGCGGACGAUAGCGAACAGGAGGGGAGGAAGCAGAGGAUUAUGGAUGUGUGUUCAGGAAAGGACGCAGUUGAAUUCCCUGGAAGUACCCGGGCAUUUGAGCAGAUCCCAAACAGGGAACUGGAUCACCUGAUAGUGGAUGACACUCACCAGAUUAUCUACUGCUACGUUCCCAAGGUGGCGUGCACCAACUGGAAGAGAGUGAUGGUGGUCCUGUCUCAGUCUCUGAUCUCGCCCUCCUCAGGAAAACCUUACACCGACCCAGAGGCUGUACCUCCUGACCUCGUACACAACUCCUCUAUCCACCUCACUUUUGCCAAGUUUUGGCGUCAUUAUGGUUCUCUGUCCCGCCACCUGAUGGCACUCAAGCUCCAGCACUACACCAAGUUUCUGUUUGUACGAGACCCUUUUGUUCGUCUUAUCUCGGCCUUCAGGAACAAGUUUGGAAGGCCCAACGAGGACUUCUACAAGCAGUUUGGUUCUGUCAUGCUGCAUCGUUAUGGUAAUGUGUCGGGCAGCUUGCCAGAGACCGCGGCGGAGGCGUUUGCAGCAGGAAUCAAACCGACUUUUCAGCAGUUUAUCACAUACCUGCUGGAUCCAGAGACCGAGAGGGAGAGUAUCUUCAACGAACACUGGCGGCAGGUGUACCGUCUGUGCCAUCCGUGCCAGGUAAAGUAUGACUUCAUUGGACGACUAGAAAACCUUGAAACAGACGCGGAGCACCUGCUGAAGCUUCUGGAGGUGGAUCAUCUGCUCCGCUUCCCUUCAGGGGCUCGAAACCGCACUGCAGCCAGCUGGGAAAGAGACUGGUUUGCGCAGAUUCCUAUAACAAUGAGGAGAGAACUGUACAAGCUAUAUGCACCUGACUUUGAGCUGUUUGGCUAUCCCAAACCUGACAGCACGCUCCACCAGUAGACAGCACCGAGCCAAAGGCCUGGGCACUGCACUGUGUGUAGAGCCCACACCUCAACUACCUGCGCACACCCAGCAAAUGCCUUUAAAGACCAGUCUAUGAUGCUGUUUGUCUUGUUUUGUGCAUACCUCAAAUGACAGAAGUGCCUACCAGUAUUGUUUUAUUUUUGUCAUUAUAUCAUAUCUAAAGCACACCUGCUUACAAGCUUCGUUAGGCUGUUUCCCCCAUGUAAAGGCACUUUGAAUAGUAUUUUUUGAACAAUAUUUUGGUAAGUCAGGGAAAGGACUGGGGCUAACUGUUGGCUGACAUCUCUCUGAAUGGAAAUAUGUUGCAGAGAAAUAAAGUGUUUUUUAAAACGUU